AUGGUCCCCUCCGAGAUUGCCGUCCACACCUCUUCAACCGAUUCCCACUCCAACAUUUCUCCAGUCGAGAGAACAAUACCGUCAACCAGAGACCCAGAGACAACCCCAAACCCAAACUCAACCCCGACUCUUGAGCAAAAGAACAUACCUGCUCAUACGAACACACUAUCCCAAAAUUAUGUACGCCGACUUACACAGUCGCAGCCGGCAUCGCUGCUGUAUCAUCUGCUUAGCAAACAUGACUUCGCCGUGGCCGUUACAUACGCCACACGGCAUAGUUUGGAUCUGGGUCUCGUGUACUCGACACAAGCCGCGUUUCUGCUGAACCGUGUCAACGACGGGGGAGAAGAUGAAGCGCAAGAAUCUGCAUUCGUCCAGCUGAUCGAGUGUCUGAGCCAGAUGAAGGACUUGCAGGCGGUGAUCGAUAUCUGCUUGACUUCUGAGCUGAAAUCCUUUACCAUCACGCGCCGUCUUAUCGACUACGGUGUGGCGAGAAUGGAUGCGGAAACCAGUCAGGGCACCAGUGUGUCUAAGUACCUGUCAACAAUGCACAAGCGGCUACAUAGCCGAGUCUUGCGGAUGCGACAUAGAUUUGAAACCUACGCCAUGACUAUCGCGGAGGAAGACACACAAUGCCGCGUGUGGCACGAAACGUUCAGGUGUGAAUCUCUGGCGGAUCAGAUCUGUGUGGCUCUGAAGAUGGGGAGGCCCGCUAUUGCGUUUCUGACUUGGAAACGUCACUUGGUUACUGAUCAUUUAUUUGAGCAUCUCGAGACAGAAUUCAAAUCCACAACACCGCUAGCGCAGCUGUUCUCUCUGUUAGACCGCAUUCAUUCGGUUGAUGUACUCUCAUCAUUCAUCGCUACCAAAGCACGAGCGUUCGCUGACUUGCGGGAUCUCGAUUUAGAUACGGCCCUACAUGAGUACAUUGUACAUACCAUCACACUCUCUGAAAGAAACGCACCAGUCAAUUUUCAGCCGGGUGCUUUCCCCGAGAGCCGUGUUCUGGCUCUGUAUGCUCACCUGAAAGGCCGGCAUGCCCGAGAAGAGUGUCUGAAGGAGAUUUUCCGGGUGGCUUCUGUCCCGUGUAGUGAUCGAUUACAGACAGAGAUUGACCAUGCAGUGGGCCAAGGCUACGCUAUCACCACAUCCUACAAAGAGUAUUGCCUGCGCUCGUUGGCCUUUUCGUAUGGGAUCACUUCCUUCAACGUCGCGAAUGAGA